AUGAAAGUCACACUGAAAUAUGAGGAAGCUCAAACAGAGGACCUUUUCAUGACGCUGCGGCUUACUCUACCGCAAAAGUAUGUCAAUGGAACCAACAAGGAGGUGGUGAAACUUUUUGUGGACCAUUACAACAAGAAGAAAGCCGACAACAUGCUCUCGUCAGAGGAUCUGCACCUCAAAAUCGUUGGUGGAAUUCACCUCGACAAUGAAGAGAGAGUGCGUGACUCUUUGUCGAACGGUGACGAGUGCUACCUCCUGGGCAAAGAUUCAGAGGGGCCGGCGCCCAAGCGGCAAGAGGCCGAGAAGGGCUACCAGUGCACGCCGGCAGCUGCCAGCAACACCACUGAAACCAAGGUGGCUAAAAAUGCAGACGGAAAGGUAAGGUGUAAGAACUUCGGCUGCCAGAUGACGUUUGAUCCCAAUGGGCCGCCGCAGGAAUGCCUACACCACAAGUCUGCCCCGAUCUUUCAUGAAACCGCCAAAUGGUGGUCAUGCUGCCCAGAUAAAAAGGCUUACGAGUUCGAUGAGUUUAUGAGGAUACCGGGCUGCACGAAGGGUUUCUGCAGCAGCGAGAGCCAGGGGAAGAAGGCAAGGUCAUCCCGCAAUGCCGAGCUGUGCGGCGGUGCGAGGGGACACCACCUAUGGCCCCAUUCCAUGCGUGUCCUCCUGGAUGGAAGAGAGCUGGCCCGUGUGAAUCCUCAAGACAACCAGCGACGACCUGACUCUCCGUUGAAGCUGCAGCCACCAGACAAGGCAGGAGGCCAUGUUUUGCAGCUCUUCGCGGGCGCUAAGCCUGCCGGAUCGAUGUCGAGCGCCAAAGAGGACUUCGUCCUGUGCCUGGUGGUCACUCAGAAGAGGCGGAGUGUGGCUGACCUGCUGGAUGAUUGUCGGCAAAGGCCCGCCAUUCCGGCAGGUGUCUCUAUGCAGCUACUUCAUGAAUUGCGGUGCGCCGAGGUUGGGGUUCGCUCCAACACGCCUUGGCAGCAACCACUACGCUGCCCGCUAACCCAGGAACGACUCGUGGAGCCAGCGAGGGGUAUGCACUGCCAGCAUUUGCAGUGUUUCGAGCUGGAAGCUUUCCUCAUCACAGCGGCAGCGAUGCCGUUUCAGCGGAGAUGGCGUUGUCCAAUUUGCGACACGCAGCUUCGGCCGGCGCAGGUUGCGAUUUGCGAAAUGACGAGGCGCUUCCUCUGGGACCUGCCGGCCGAAGCAUCCUUUGCGCCCUUGGAAGCGGCAGCGUCCUCGGGGCACGUUGCGGCGAGCAACACAUGCGACUUGACAGCUGAGCCUGCUGUACCUGUUCCAGUUCACGUGGCGAAGUCUGCAAGGAUGCAGCGGGGCCAUUGGGGCCGGCGAUUGCGCUGUGAG